AUGAGCGAAGGCCUCGCCUCCGCCCCAGGCUCACACGAGCUGGGUGUUUUCUGUCUCUCUCAGUCCGGGUUUGGAGACUCCAGUGUCCUCCAGCUUUUCAUGGAAGAGGUGUCAGGAGAAAGUGUGGUGAGCUCAGCAGUACGAGUGGCUGCGACCCACACCACUUUGUUCAAGGGCACGAGCCCCAGCUCCAAGUACGUGAAGCUGAACGUGGGCGGAGCCCUGUACUACACCACCAUGCAGACGCUGACCAAGCAGGACAUUAUGCUGAAGGCCGUGUUCAGUAGGUGCAUAGAGGUGCUCACGGACAGUGAAGGCUGGAUCCUCAUUGACCAGUGUGGGAAGCUCUAUGGUACGAUACUCAAUUAUAUUUGUGACGGGGCGGUCCCCUUGCCCGAGAGCCGCCAGGAGAUUGAGGAGCUGCAGGCAGAAGCCAAGUACUACCUGGUCCAGGGCCUGGUGGAAGAGUUCCAGGCAGCCCUGCAAAACAAAGAUACUUAUGAGCCUUUCUGCAGAGUUCCUGUUAUCACCUCAUCCAAGGAAGAACAGAAACUUAUAGUGACUUCAAAUAAGCCAGCCGUGAAGUUGCCCUACAACAGAAGUAACAACAAAUACUCGUAUACCAGCAAUUCUGACGACAAUAUGUUGAAGAACAUCGAACUGUUUGAUAAGCUGUCUCUGUGCUCUGAUGGAAGGGUCCUGUUCAUAAAUGAUGUCAUUGGGGAUGAAAUCUGCUGCUGGUCCUUCUACAGCCAGGGCUGCAAGAUCGCUGAAGUCUGCUGUACCUCUAUCGUCUACGCCACGAAGAAGAAACAGACCAAGGUGGAGUUCCCCGAAGCCCGGAUCUAUGAGGAGACCCUGAAUAUUUUGCUGUAUGAGGCCCAGGAUGGCCGGGGACCUGACAGUGUGCUCCUGGAGGCCACAGGUGGGGUGGCCGGUUGCUCCCACCACCUGGACAAGGACAAGGAGCGGGAGCAGAUCCACAUUGCCCAGAUCUGUUGAAGGGGCAGGCCUGUUGUCCCUCAGCUGAUCUGUGGUCUGGUGCUUGUUGGGACCCCGCAGGGUCUGACCAAGGGCAAAGCUGCCCCUUCCCCUGCCCUCCUUGUUGACCCACUCCAUCCCGGGAAGGCCGCCUGGCCUGCUCACAGCCAUAGUGCACAAACCACUGCCCGGUGGGCUCCAUUCCUUCCUCCUCGGCCUUCUGCCCCGUUAAGUGGGGCUUACUGCCCCCAGCGGAUGCCCUGCCCUUUGCUUAGAAGAAAUUAAACACGGCCCCAGACUCUGUUCUGGCGUCCAGACAGGACCACCACUCACACCAGCAGCCUCAGGAUGGCUCGCCUGCUGUCAAUAUAGCUGUCACCUGUAAAUCCCUUCCUGUCUCUGCCUCUGAUUCUUACAGUGUGGAGUGGCCUUCG